GCAACGGCUUCGUCGACCAUCUCUCUUCGGCCCUGCAUCAGAUGGGCAUCUUCACGUUCAAGGAUGACCGGAAGCUCGAAAGAAGUGAAUCGAUUUCUCCGGCGCUCUUGAAAGCCAUCGAAGAAUCGAGGUUUGCCGUGGUUGUUUUCUCCGAGAACUACGCUUCUUAACAACAACUACCUAUUAACAGGUCAAACCUUUUUUUAAGUAUUAAUUAACUCUGUAUUUGUUUAAUUCCUUGUUAAAAUAUGUCAUCAUGUUUAAUUCCUUGUUAAAAUAGUUAAAUUUUAAUUAAAAAAUUGUCAAAAUAGUUAUAUUAUAUUUGAUGAAUAUAGCUUCUCUCUCACUCGGGUCUCUUCUUGAAUGAAAUUUUGAGGAGAUUUCCAUAGUCCACAACGCGGUCGGACCUCACGAACUUCCACCAUGUUUUAUAUAUUUUCUUUCGGCCUUUGUUGGUUGGCAUAGACGAAGAAGCCAGUUUGUUUUCCAUAGUCCACAAGACCUCACGGACUUCCACUAUGUUUUAUAUAUUUAUUUCUGGCCUCUGUUGCUUCGCAUUGACCUCUGUUGCUUGGCAUAGACGAAGAAGCCAGUUUGUUUUCCGAGCAGAUCAACAAUUAAUGGCUUCCACCAGCACCCAAUUUCAGCAGGACGGAGCUUCUCUCCCUUCUGGGUCUAGUUCCUCGAAAUACGACGUCUUUUUGAGCUUUAGAGGCACAGACACCCGCAAUGGCUUCGUCGACCAUCUCUAUUCGGCUCUGCAUGAGAAGGUCAUUUUCACGUUCAAGGAUGACCAGAGUCUCGAGAGAGGUGAAUCGAUUUCUCAGACGCUCCUGAAAGCCAUCGAAGAGUCGAGGUUUGCCGUGGUGGUUUUCUCCGAGAACUAUGCUUCUUCCAAGUGGUGCUUGGAGGAACUCGUUAAGAUCCUCGAGUGCCAGAAGAAGAGGGCACUCACCGUUUUGCCUGUAUUCUAUAAAGUAGAUCCCUCGGAUUUACGGAACCAAAGAGGGAGCGUUGGAGAAGCAUUCGCCCAACACGAGCGAGUUUCUACCGAAGAGGAGGAGAAGCAGAAGGUGCAGAGAUGGAGGAAUGCUCUAACGGAAGUGGCCAACAGUUCUGGGUGGCAUUCAGAAACAUACGGGCCUGAAGCAAAGCUUGUCCGAGACAUUGCCAUUAAUAUUCUAAAUAGACUGGGAGAUAAUGGUUCAAGCAUUUUUGAAGAUGUUGUUGGAUUGCUUCCUCGUAUAGAAGAAGUGAUGUCACUAUUAGAAAUGGGGUUGGAUUUGCUUCCUCGUAUAGUAGGGAUAUGUGGAAUGGGAGGUAUAGGAAAGACUACUAUUGCCAAGGCUGUCUAUCACCAAAUUCGUUCUCAGUUUGUUGGUAGCUGCUACCUUGAAAAAGUUAGAGAAAAUUGUGAGAAACGUGGUUUGGAGUCAUUGCAAAAAUCUCUUCUUCUUGAUAUCUGCUCGAUCUCAGACAGUGAUAUAAAAAUAAGAAAUAUUGAUUGGCCUGGGCUAAUAAGGAACGCGGUAGGGAAUAAGAAGGUUCUUGUAGUCUUGGAUGAUGUAGACCAUUCAGAUCAACUGGAUGCCCUCGUUGAUAGACUUGAUUGGUUUGGUCCAGGAAGUAGAAUUAUAAUAACGACCAGAAACAGUCAUUUACUUGCCAGAUAUGGUCCAAGAAGUCAUGUCUAUAAUGUUGAGGGACUAAAUGACGAGGAAGCUUUUAAGCUAUUUUGUUGUAAAGCAUUCUGGAACAACCAACCAACGCCAGGUUUUGAGGAUCUCAUAAAAAGUGCAGUUGAUUACGCUAAAGGAGUUCCACUGGCUCUUGAAGUUUUGGGCCGUUUUCUAAUUAGCAGAGAGGUAAACGAAUGGCAGAGUGCAAUCCAUAGAUUAGGGCAAGAGCCUAAUCGAGAUAUUCAGAAAGUGCUCAAAUUAAGCUAUGAUGGACUGGGGGAUGAGGAGCAACAAAUUUUCCUCGACAUUGCCUGCUUCUUUAAACGGUAUAGCAACGAGUAUUCCAAAGUUGUGAAUAUGCUGGAUGGUUGUGGGUUCCAAGCGGUUAUUGGAAUAAGUGUUCUUAAAGACAGGGCACUUGUAACGAUAAGAGACGGUGUCCUUACAAGAGGCAAGACAAUAGAUAUGCAUGAUCUGAUACAAGAAAUGGGAUGGCAUAUUGUUAAUGAAGAAUCCCCAAAAGAGCCCGGUAGAAGAAGCAGGUUGUGGAAGUCCAAAGACAUCUACGAUACACUCACAAAAAAAACUGGGACAGAAGCAGUGGAGACCAUAGUUUUGGAUUCUCAUGAAAUAAAAGAGAUAUCCUUGAGUCCUGAUGCAUUUUCAAAGAUGAGCGAAUUGCGACUGCUCAAGCUUAGUAAUGUUCAGCUUCCUAACGGUCUCGACUACCUCUCCAAUGAUUUACGCCUUCUUGAUUGGCAUGGAUACCCUUUAAAAUACCUGCCAUCAAAUUUUCAACCGGAUAGCCUUGUCACAGUAAAACUGUCGCAUAGCUGCUUGGAACUUUGGAAUGGAAGAAUGUGUCUGGACAAGUUGAAAUACGUUGACCUCAGUUAUUCACCAUGCAUAACUAAGAAUAUAGAUUUUACAAAGGCAGCAAAUCUUACGGAAUUGAUUCUCAAAGGUUGUACGAACUUGGUUGAGAUCUCAUCCAUUGAAGGCAUUAAAAGGCUUACGGUCUUAAAUUUGGGGGGCUUGAAAAAUCUUAAGGUUCUUCCUGCGGGCCGUUGGCUUAAAUCCCUUGAAAAACUUUUUCUUCCUGGUUGCUCAAAACUUGAAAAUGUUUCUGAAGUCUUAGCGUCUACGGAAUGCUUAAUUCAUCUUGAUUUGAAUGGGACUUGUGUAGAGGAACUGCGAGUUGAACAUCUCAGCAAUCUUCAAUUUAUUAGUCUGGAGGAUUGCAAAGAACUUACAAGUCUUCCAAGUGGCAUUUGUGGGUUGAAACUUCUUACAAAGUUGAAUGUUUCUGGCUGCUCAAAACUUAGCAAGUUGCCCGAGAACCUAGGAGGAUUGGAGAGAUUGGAAUAUAUUGGUCUGAGGAAUUGCAAAGAACUUACAAGUCUUCCAAGUGGCAUUUGUGGGUUGAAACUUCUUACACGGUUUGAUGUUUCUGGAUGCUCAAAACUUAGCAAGUUGCCCGAGAACCUAGGAGGAUUAGAGAGAUUGAAAUAUAUUGGUCUGAAGGAUUGCAAAGAACUUACAAGUCUUCCAAGUGGCAUUUGUGGGUUGAAACUUCUUACACGGUUUGAUGUUUCUGGCUGCUCAAAACUUAGCAAGUUGCCCGAGAACCUAGGAGAAUUGGAGAGUUUGCAGUCACUUGAAGCUGAUUUUACCGCUAUUAAGCAACCACCAUCCUCGAUUACGCACCUGAAGGAGCUUAGGGAUUUGUCAUUUAAGGGAUGCAAGGGACCACUGUUCUCAUCAUUUUUUAUUCAGAAAGAACCCAUGGGUUUUAAGCUACCUGCUCUAUCAGGUUUACGCUCUUUGACUGAGCUACAUCUCAGGGACUGCAACUUCUUAGAAGGAUUUCUCCCAGAUGACCUAGGCUCCUUAUCCUCGUUGGACUAUUUAGACCUUAGUGGUACCAACAUUAUCAGUUUGCCAACAUGCAUCAGAGAUCUUUCCAAGCUUUGUUACUAUCUUGAUUUGAGGAAUUGCAAAAAGCUUAAAACAUUGCCCUAUCUCCCGACAAAUAUUCGUUUCAUUUAUGCAAGUGGAUGCACAUCAUUAGAAACAUUGCUGGAUCCGGCUAUAUUGCCUAGAAAUCUUGAUGGUGCCUAUUUAAUUAAUUGUCAUACACUAUUAAAGAAUAGGCCCAGCCUCCUCCUUGAACUUCUCAGAAAUAUUCUUAAGAAUAAGAAAGAAAGCCAUAUUGUUGUUCCUGGAAGAGAGAUUCCAAAGUAUUUCAGGUAUCAGAAUAAUAUGGGGCAUUAUGUUCGAAUCCAGGUGAUGCCAGAUUGGUAUGAAAGGCUCAGGGGUUUUGUUGUAUGUGCUGUUUUUGAAGCAAUGGCUCCUUCAAUUGAUGCCAAACGCUAUGCAUGUGCGGAAUGUUACGUGAUGUGGAAUGAUGUUUUACUCUAUUCCACGGAAAUCAUCUUUGGCAACUUCCAAUUUCAGUCCGAUCACUUAUUUUUUCAUUACAUUUCAUCUAAACCAACCUUUAAAGAGAAUGAUUGGGUGGGUGAAAUUAGGAGGAGGAGGGCGGAGGUGAAUGAUUUGAAAAAGAAUGAGAUCAUCUUUUAUUUUAGUAGUCCUGAAAUGGUUGACAUGGUUGCCCCAGUGAAAUGCGCUGUACAUAUGGUAUAUGAGAAUGAUGAAGAAUGGCCAGAUCAUCCACAUUUAACUAUCCAACAAAGCGACCAUGAUGAGUAUGGGUCAACGGAAUGGAUGCAAGGUGUUGUAUUGAGAAAGAGAAGUCGCCAUGACUAUAAUUACAAGGAAGACACAAGAGAACAAACGAAUCCUAAGAAAUGGAAAUACAAUUGUUCUAUUUCUCUCAUUGAGGGGCCCUUGCGCUGGUGGUAGGCUGUAAUUUGAACCAUCCGAUCAUCCAUGUUUCGAGACCUUUAUGAUGCCAUUAUGGCUCUUGUGGUGAAUUUGUGAGUUAUAUUGAUGAGUGUUGUUAUGUCAUUUGUUAAUUUAUAUUUAAUACAAUUUGUUUUUAGGUAAAAUACAAUAAUUAUACAAUCUUUUUGACA